AUGGGGGCGGAGUGUUGCUUAUGAUAAUGAAGAUGGCAUGAUUCAGAUCAACAGUACACACUGAAACAUACUGUAAGCAGACAUAAAUGAAGGAGAUGGAAACAAAAAUGAUUUACUUCACCGUGAAUGGAAGACCAGAACAAGCCGAGUUCCCGUUGGACUGUCCUGCUCAGGAUGUCAAAGAUCUAUUCCGCUCUGCAGCUGAAGCCGGACCACAUGACAUCCUGAAGCUGUACAAUCCCAAAGGCAACAUCAUCAACAUUUCACCUAACCUGGAGCCGAACAACCCCAACUCGUGCUACAAACUGGAAGUGGUGGCUUCUGACUGCAACAGUGAGCCGUUAGGCAUGGAGCUUGCUUGUGCGCUGGGAUUUGACCUCUCAGCUAUGGAGAAAAGACUACAGGGCCUGGAAAAGAAAAUACUCAUUGAAGCAGGAGACACACCCGCGGUCAUCUACGAGAUGAAGAAACAGGUGGAUUCAUUCCGGCAGAAACUGGAGAGUGUGGAGCAUCUGAGCUGGCUUGGGUUGUUCAAGGACUUGUCAGAGGGAACCCACAAGCCCUCUCCAUUCUACCACAAGAGAACUUUGCAUAAAACCAAAGAGGAAUGUGAGCAUGUGCGGGAAAAGUUCCUUCAAAUGAGUUCCCUGGAGGUAUCAGAGGAAGUAAGGCAGUACUUAAAGACUCCCACGUUUGACAACUGGCAGUGGGAGGAUGCAGAGAUCAUGGUGCUCCUGCAAGUCAUGUACUCAGAUUUAGACUUUAUUGCCACCUACAAUAUUGAGCCUGAAGUAUUACAACAGUUCCUGUUUGAAGUCUACCGCAGAUACAACAACAUCCCUUUUCACAACUUCAAACACUGCUUCUGUGUCACACAGAUGAUGUAUGGUCUAAUCUGGCUCACUGAUCUGAGAAGUAAAAUGGACAGCAUUGACUUGCUCAUCAUGCUGACGUCUGCAGUUUGCCAUGACCUUGACCACACUGGCUACAAUAACGCUUACCAGAUCAAUGCUCGGACCGAACUUGCCCUUCGCUACAAUGACAUCUCUCCACUGGAGAACCACCACUGCGCCGUAGCUUUUGAAAUACUAGAGAAGACAGAAAGCAACAUCUUCAGAAACGUGUCUCUGGACCAGUACAAACGUAUAAGGGAAGGAAUCAUCAAGUGUAUUCUGGCCACUGACAUGACGAGACACAAUGAGAUCCUCAACAAGUUCAAGUCCAUUCUUUCUACGUUUGACUUCACCAGCAAGGACCAUAGAGAUGUGCUAAUGAUGAUUCUGAUCAAAGUGAGCGACAUCUCCAAUGAAGCUCGGCCCAUGGAGGUGGCUGAACCCUGGCUGGAUUGUCUUUUGCAGGAAUUCUACAACCAGAGUGAUGUGGAGAAAUUAGAGGGUCUUCCCGUCACCCCCUUCAUGGAUCGGGACAAGAUAACCAAACCCUCAUCGCAAACUGGCUUCAUCAGAUUUGUAUUGUUGCCCCUUUUUAUCGAGCUGGCCAACCUCUUUCCCUGCCUUGAGCAACACAUAAUUGACCCGGUACGGAAGGCCCUAGACUACUACACUGAGAUGGAGAAAGCAUUGGAGAGAGAGACACAGAACCGGGCUCAGUGUGAAAAAGCAAUCAAGAACAAGGAGAUACCAGUAGACCUGCUGAGCACAGAUGAGCAACCGGACGUUGAAAAAAGACACACAGUGAACUAACCAAUUGAACCAAGACAAAUUUGUGAUCAAUACUUUGUUUGUGGGGCUACACACAAAGGCCAGCCAUGGGAAUAAUAAUCAAUUCAUUGAUAAAUUGAUUGUUAAGAAGGUAUUAUUGUGAAGAACAACAUGACAUCAGAUGUGGGAAUUUGAGUUACAUCCAAGUGGACCUUCCUUCAGGUAGCAUUUAGCCACAUAAUAUGACACUAAGGUCAGAAUAGAUUAUUUUACCCCAUAAAAAAAUACUAUAUUUAAUAAUAAUCAUAUUUUUCUAAAUAUCGAUUCACUGUGAUUGAAUGGCGACCAGUUCAGGGUGUAUCAGAUGGGAUGGACUCCACCUCACUCGUGACCAUGAAGCGGUACACAAAGAAUGAAUGAUCAUUAUCACUCAUCCUGUUCAAGUUCAUGGGGAGCUGGAGCCUGUCCCAACUGAUUUUGGCCCGUUAAAUAAAGUUGAUCAAUUAAUUUGUAUUUGAUUUUGUGAAAUAACUAUUUGAUCCCGAUACAAAACAUGGCUGAGUACUUGGUAGAGAAACACCCUUGGAGGUAAGCAGUACUGGUAGCUGUUGUUGGUCACCAGGGUUGUGCACAUCUCAGCAGGGAUUUUGGUCCCUGCUGAGAUGCCCCAGAGCAUAAUGUUUCCACCUCCAUAUUUGAUGGUAUUGUUGGGCUCAUAAUCACAUUUCUCUGCCUCCAAAGACGCCAAAGAGCUCAAUUUUGGUCAAUUUUAGCCAAUAAACUAGUCUGUGGGUAUCAGAAUGCUUGCUGGUUGCUAUAUAUACUUAUUUACCUCAAUCAAAUCCUAUUUAAUUAUAGCUAUUUUUUAUUUUUUUUUACAUUCUGUCUCUCUUUGUUACAUAAACCCAACAUAAAAAUGACCUACUAAGAUAUGAACAAUCUUUGUAAGGGACUUCAAAAAUCAGCACUUAUUAAACCCACUAUAUAAGUAUUUGAUCAAUGACCAGCUGUUAGCUGCCUGGUGGAUGUGUUCUAUAUUUAUGUUUUAUCAUCGUUUCAAGGGCAACUGUAUGACUGAAAGAAGAGAAGGCACUACUGUGUGCGCCUUGAGUUUUUGACCUUGCAUGCUGUUGCAACAGCUGCUUGCCUGCAAAGAACCUCUCUGUAUUCAUGUACUGUAUGCGCUUCUUACUUACUUGUUGGCGGCACGUGGCUUCCUUUUCCUGACCCAAAAGUUAUUCUACACAUACUGUAUAUUGUGCUUUAUAUUUGUCUCCAGUUAAGGCCAGGGGAUGUCCUGUGGUCUGUCGAUGAUAUGGACUGAAUCGAUGGAAUGACUGUGCGUCUGGCAUGCUGUUCUGUUCGAGAAAUGUUAUAGAUCUGUUCACCCACUUCCCCUUCACCUCCUCAAAGAAGCUAUAGUAAAUGAAGACAUAUUAUAUAGGUUAAAGCAACUAUGUAGUAAAUCUUCAUGGUGUCCCUGAAGUCUGGACACAUGGGCAAAAAUGUAUAUACAGUAUUAUUAUUAUUAUUAUUAUUUUUUACAAUAUCCAACUAUUGUAUUUUUUUAAUAUAUAACUUAUACACAAUAUGUAUUUUUAUUCUUAUUUUUCAAAUGAUUAAAUUGCAGUUAUUUUUAAUUAAGUAAUCUUUAAUUUAUUUUGUAUUGAUUCAUUAUUAAUUCAAUGUAACUUUUAUUGUAUAAUGUACAAAUAGGGUACAGUAUCCCUAAAGUCUGGACACACAGGCAUUUUCUAAAUACAUAUUUUCUACCCUUUAUUUUAUUUAGAAUAUAUUUUACAUAUAUUAUUACAUUUUAAUGUACAUUUUUUAUGACUUUACUUUAUUUUAAUGGUUUUUAAAAUGUGUUAAUGAAUUACGGUACUUAUUUUUUUAUGUAUCUAUUAAUUAUGAAUGAAAUUCAACUUUUUUGUAUAAUGUAUGUAUAUUAUGUGUCCAGACUUUACGUACAUUCAUGGAGGUACAGUGAUUUGUGAAAAAGAGAAUCAGUUCACUAAGGGUAACAUGAUUGCCAACAUGUACUGUGACAUAUUGAAGGGCAUUAUACCCUCCCUUCAGAAACUGAGCUGCAGGGCUGUAUUCCAACAUGAUCAGGAACCCAAACACCUCCAAGACGAACACUGCCUUGCUAAAGAAGCUGAGGGUAAAGAAAAUGAACCUAAACCCUAUUGAGCAUCUGUGGGGAAUCCUCGAACGGAAGGUAGAGGAGUGCAAGGUGUCCAACAUCCACCAGCUCCAUGAUGUCGUCAUGGAGGCCAGAAAGAGCAUUGCAGAGCCAAUCUGUGAUGUUUGAGUCAACUCCAUGGCCAAAAGCGUUAAGGCAGUGUUGGAAAAAUAAUGGUAUCCACACUCAGUAACUCAAUAACACUUAAGGCGCAAUUUCAACACUUUUGUUAGGGGUGUAGUCACUUUGGUUGCAAGUGGUUUAGACGUUAAUGAUUGUAAAUGUCGAGUUCUUUUGAGGGGACAGUACAUUUAUACUGUUAUCCAAGCUGUACACUUUGUAUUGUAUCAAAGUGU